AUGUCCUGGAGAAAAAAGAAGAAUGCUUUUCUCUCGGAGGACACCGUACUGGGCACAAAGAAGAUCCACACAGUGCACAGGGCGGGCAUCGAAGAUUCCACACCUCAUUCUCUAAAAUCACACCCUCGCCCGCGACCACAAAGGCCCCACUUCCCGCCCUUGGGCCACCCUUCCAUAAGCAGCCAGCGACACGCACCCAAGGGGAGCGAGGCGGUGGUGGCGGGGACUGGCACCCCAUCCCUGGAAGGGACUGCACUCACCUUACGCUCGGCCGAGAGCUGGGGAGGUGGCCCUUUAUCUGGGCCCGGGAGCCGGUUCCUGCGGCGCCAUACACCGGGGAUCGGUCCCGGGCAGCUGGACGCUACGGGCCAGACCAUAGACACAGGCCGCAAGCUAGAGAGGCCCCCUCACCCCCACCCUCACCAUGUGACCAGCUGCCAGAGAGGCGCGCGGAAACUGGGGGGGCGGGGCGAACGCCGGACGUUCGGGGCACGUGACCUCCAUCCGUCCUGCGCACUGGGUGACCGGGGCGGCCUUGAUGGGAGGGGUGUGGUGGAGAAAGGGGGCGGGGACCGGGACGACCACGUGACCUGUUGCUAUCCCACCAGCAGCCUGGACAGUGGGCUCCGAACCCCCCAGUGCAGGAUCUGCUUCCAAGGCCCGGAGCAGGGGGAGCUCCUGAGUCCUUGCCGCUGUGACGGCUCAGUGCGUUGUACACACCAGCCCUGCCUCAUCCGCUGGAUCAGUGAGAGGGGCUCUUGGAGCUGUGAACUCUGCUACUUCAAGUACCAGGUCCUGGCGAUCAGCACCAAGAACCCAUUGCAGUGGCAGGCCAUCUCCCUGACUGUCAUCGAGAAGGUCCAGAUUGCGGCCAUAGUUCUGGGCUCACUGUUCCUCGUCGCCAGCAUCUCCUGGCUCAUCUGGUCCUCGCUCAGUCCUUCAGCCAAGUGGCAGCGCCAGGAUCUUCUCUUCCAGAUCUGCUACGGCAUGUACGGCUUCAUGGAUGUCGUCUGCAUAGGCCUCAUCGUUCACGAAGGCUCUUCCGUCUACCGCAUCUUCAAGCGCUGGCAAGCAGUGAACCAACAGUGGAAGGUCCUGAAUUACGACAAGACCAAGGACAUAGGAGGAGAUGCAGGGGGAGGGACAGCAGGGAAACCAGGCCCCAGGACCUCACGGACCAGCCCCCCGGCUGGGACUCCCAGCCGGCCCCCAGCUGCCCAGCGCAUGCGGACGCUCUUGCCUCAGCGCUGUGGUUAUACAAUCCUGCAUCUCCUUGGACAGCUGCGGCCACCGGAUGCCCGUUCCAGCUCUCAUUCUGGUCGAGAGGUUGUCAUGAGGGUCACUACAGUUUGACCUGGACUCCAGGGGCAGGGAUCGCAACUCAGAGUGGCAGCCAGAGAUGAGCUCUCCUGGCUGCUGAAGGUACGACCUAAACAAGGUGUUUGGGGCACAGCGGCCCCACCACUGAGGAUCUCUGUGGACAGCCUCAAGCUUGGAGAAAUUGUCUGGCCUCUACUGCCCACAGAGUAGAGACACCUGGAUGACAUUCCAGCUCCCACCGACACCACCUCGUGCUCAUCUUGAGGAUGGCCAGCCAGCAGGCAGGCGGGCAAGCAGCUUUUCUUCUUGGAGAGAACCAUCUUUACCUCAGCUCUAGGGCCUCCAGUCCCCUGGCUCCACCAUGGUGACUUGGUAAAGGGAGACCAAUGCCAGAACACAAGGGGCUGUAGACCCCCAUUCCCCACCCCACGGCCACAGGGCAUCUGGCAAUAAGACUAGUAAACAUUGACCUCCCGUUCCCUGCAUGAGGGCGGGGGACUUCCCCCUGCCCCACCCCCCCAUUGCAUGGGGGAAGGGCAUAAAGAAUCAUUUAUACGCACGUGGAGACUCCUUUCUCGUGGGGGCUUUUCCGAAGGCUGGAGGGUGUGGGGAGGCUCCUCAGCACAGGUUCGGAGUCCAAGUGUGGCUACACAUUGGUAGCUGGAGAAGGAACCCCUGCUUGCUGGCGAAUAGUUCACGCUGGCUGCUAGGUGGCAGUGCUCGAGGUAGUGGAGGAAGGUGGACUUGACACCUGUGAGUUAUAUGACUUAGAAAAAAAUCUGAUCUUUUUUCCUCAUCUACCUCAUAGACUUGGAAUGAGGCUAAAUGAGGGAUGGAUUAAAUGCCAGUACAAAGAAAAUUGGUAGUGGUGGAAAAGGGUUCUGGACUCGCCGCCAUUCACUGAUUCCAGGCGGUAGGUGGCAUAUGCCGGAAGGGCACAGAACUUUAGCAUUCCAAGUGAUAGUUACAGCGACUGCAGGACAGUGGUUAUUGUAGGAAUGAGAACACUUUGCCUCCCCCAAACACUGGACUUGGGGCAACGCUGGAGCUACUCAGCCUGUUCUGAGAACACCUGUGUUCAGUCCUUUCCAGGGACUGCGUCCCCCCAAACAUAGUGUGUGAUGAACAUGGACUCAUUCAGAGUGACAGGGAAGGAGCCUCUUCCCUCACGGUUAGGUCUUUAAUCCCAGUUGAAACUGGCAGUUCAGGGUCACAGGCUUGAUCCAGGUGUGCCCAGUUAGUGGUAUUACUGGAAGGUAGAAGCAAAGGAGAGCUGUUGUUUAUUAGAGAAACGGUUUGGGAAAUGUGGGUGCGAGGGCUGGGGGUGCGGGUCCGUGGUAGGAGUGCUUGCUGGUGUGCAUGAGGUCCUGGGUUUGACCCCCAAACCACCAAAAAAAAAAACUAUGUGGGUCAGCUUGAAGCUUGGUCCCUUUCUCCUGAAGCCUGGUGGCUGGGUAUUAUAUGAAUGAUGGUGUCUUUUCAGUGAACCAUUCAUGAGCAAUUAAAAAAUUCCUUCAUACAUUGCUAAAGUCA